CUCCACCUCUGCAACUUCAUUUCAUUUCACCUUCUUCGAUUGACGGCAAUGGCUGACGAAACCUCGCCUCCCGUAGAUCAGUUAGUCGUCGCAUCCGUACGCGAAGAUGGACCCUCGUCUUCUCUGGUGAAGAAAGCCCAAUUCUCGGACCGGGUCCUUAUCUGUUCGAUCGUCGGAAGAACCGACGGCGGAGCUGGGCUCGCCGGUGAACGUGUCCGGGUCGGCGGAUGGGUCAAAACGGGUAGAGAGCAGGGGAAAGGAACCUUCGCAUUUCUGGAGCUCAAUGACGGGUCAUGCCCUGCGAAUCUUCAGGUUAUCGUGGACGCGUCCGUAUCGGAUCUCGCCCCGCUCGUUCCGACAGGCACUUGCGUAUCCGUCGACGGUGUUUUGAAGACUCCGCCGGAAGGUGCGAAACAGAAGAUUGAGCUCCGCGUCGAGAAGGUGAUCCAUGUUGGAAGAGUGGAUCCGGCGAAGUACCCGAUUCCUAAGACGAAGCUAACUCUCGAGUUUCUGAGAGAUGUUCUUCAUCUUCGCGCCAGGACGAAUACGAUCUCAGCUGUUGCGAGAAUCCGAAAUGCUCUUGCUUUUGCAACCCACAGUUUCUUUCAAGAGCACAACUUCCUUUACAUUCACACUCCGAUCGUCACAACAAGUGAUUGUGAAGGUGCCGGUGAAAUGUUCCAAGUCACGACCUUGAUCGGUGAGUCCGAGAGGUUGGAGAAGGACCUGAUAAAGAACCCUCCGCCCACAGAAGCUGACGUAGAAGCUGCCAAGCUUGUUGUCAAGGAGAGAGGUGAUGCCGUUGCCCAGCUCAAAGCUGCCAAAGCUAGCAAGCAAGAUAUGGCUCCCGCUGUUGACGAACUCAAGAAAGCAAAGGAGAAUGUGGCUGAACUUGAAAAGAGAUCUAAGCUUAAACCGGGAAUUCCCAAGAAAGACGGGAAAAUCGAUUAUUCCCAGGAUUUCUUUGCUCGUCAAGCUUUCUUGACAGUUUCUGGCCAACUACAAGUAGAAACAUAUGCUUGCGCGCUUAGCAGUGUGUAUACGUUUGGCCCGACUUUCCGGGCAGAGAACUCUCACACCUCAAGGCAUUUGGCCGAGUUUUGGAUGGUUGAGCCUGAAAUAGCUUUUGCUGAUCUUCAGGACGACAUGAACUGUGCAGAGGCAUAUGUUAAAUACAUGUGCCAGUGGUUGCUUGACAAAUGUUACAACGACAUGGAACUUAUGGCUAAGAAUUACGACAAGGGUUGCAUUGAGCGGCUUAAAACGGUUGCCUCAACGCCAUUCGUACGUGUAUCAUACACUGAAGCGGUAAAAAUGCUCGAGGAUGCUGUGGCCAAGGGAAAGAAGUUUGAAAACAAAGUGGAGUGGGGAGUUGACUUAGCAUCUGAGCAUGAAAGAUACCUGACAGAGGUUUUGUUUCAAAAGCCGGUUAUUGUCUAUAACUACCCGAAAGGGAUCAAAGCAUUUUACAUGAGACUUAACGAUGACGGAAAGACGGUAGCUGCAAUGGAUGUUCUCGUCCCAAAGGUCGGGGAACUCAUUGGUGGAAGCCAAAGGGAAGAGCGGUAUGAGGUCAUCACGGAGAGGAUAGCAGAGAUGGGUCUGCCCAUGGAGCCAUAUGAGUGGUACCUCGAUCUCCGUCGCUUUGGAACUGUCAAACACAGCGGGUUUGGACUCGGGUUCGAAAGGAUGAUCCUUUUCGCGACGGGUAUCGAUAACAUCAGAGAUGUUAUCCCUUUCCCACGGUAUCCUGGUCGAGCAGAUCUUUGAUUCCAUACAUUUUUCAUGUUUUGAUUUUUCAAUACUUUACUAUGUUUGUUGAGCCCUUUGGGAUUUAAUUACCAACUCUAAUUUUAUGCCCUUUGUUCAUUCUUUCAUGUUCUGGCCUCUUCUCCCUUGUGAAUGCUUGUGUUUUACAGGUCAAUA